AUGGCUACCGGCAAUGCUAGUAAAGUCACCGACUGGGUGAACCCAGCUGACAAGUCGGGCGAAUUCAAGCGUCAGGUAUCGGCAUUCCGCAACUUCGUCUCCCGCGAGUCUGGCGCGGAAUUCCCUGCAGAGAAGGGCCGCUACCAUCUUUAUGUCUCCUACGCCUGCCCCUGGGCUCAUCGGACUUUAAUCACUCGCAAGCUCAAGGGCUUGGAAGAUUUCAUCUCUUUCUCCUCGGUGCACUGGCACCUCGGUGACAAAGGGUGGCGCUUUGCUACUGCGGAUGAAAAGCUACCCGGGGAGAAUACAAUCCCCGACCCGCUGCAUCCGGAGUUCACCCAUCUCCGUGAUAUCUACUUCUCCAACGAACCGGACUAUACUGGCCGAUUCACAGUUCCAGUCCUCUUCGACAAAAAGACCAACCGCAUUGUCAGCAAUGAGAGCGCCGAAAUCAUCCGCAUGCUCUACUAUGAAUUUGACGACCUUCUCCCCGAGCAAUACAAGAAAGUCGACCUCUUCCCAUCUGCCCUGCGCAGUGAGAUCGACACAUCUAACGAAUGGAUCUACAACGACGUUAAUAACGGCGUCUACAAAUCCGGCUUCGCAACCACCCAAGAGGCCUAUGAGAAGGCCGUGGUCACGCUCUUCUCCUCGCUGGAUAAGAUCGAGGCCCACCUAGUCAAGCAACAAGCUUCCUCGAAGUAUUUCUUCGGAAAUACCGUCACCGAGGCCGAUAUCCGGCUCUUUACGACUAUCAUCCGCUUUGACCCCGUCUAUGUUCAGCACUUCAAGUGCAAUCUGCGCGAUAUUCGGUCUGGAUUCCCGGCUAUUCACCGCUGGGUGCGUGGUCUUUACUGGGACCUCGAUGCUUUCCGCGAAACGACGGAGUUUGAGCAUAUCAAGAAGCAUUAUACCAAGUCGCACAAGCAGAUCAAUCAGUUUGCGAUUACGCCACUUGGACCGGUGCCGGAUGUUCUGCCCAAGGAUCAAGAGGUUCCCGCUGUCAAGGCAGGUUAA